ACCACUGACUAACUGCUUCAACAAAGCAUCCCCGUGUGACAGCUAGACAAAAUGAGGAGUCCUGUGAGAGCCGUGGCCUUUGUUGGCCUCAUCUGUCUCCUGUGUCAUGUUAUCUCUGCACAGAACUGGCACUUCAGCAAUGGCUGGGAAUCUGGUAAACGCUCUUCAGGUCUCACCGAGUGUCAGUUCCGACCACAGGUCAAGGCUCUUGUCAACAGGAUUAUAGAAGAAGAAAUAACAAGACUACAGAGGGUAUGCACAAAAUCAACAUAUCUACUACCAGAGACACGGUCAUAUCUUCAGGCUAAGAAUAGGCAACCCUUUGAGCCUGACCAGUGAGGGGUGUUGACCGGCUGACCAACCGGAAUCAUGGACACCAACAGGGGUCAGUGGAGUCAAAUCCUCAUCCAUACUUACACUGGAAGCUCUCUGUAUGAUGAACAAUUCUCAGGAAACAGAAAACAGUUCGUCUUUUACAAAUCAUCUCUUUAUUCAUCAGAAAAAUGAAGUUAAAAACCCUGCAGUUCUGCCGUGCAAGACCAGAAGCAUCUGAACCAAAGCCCUGAGACUGAACCAAAGCCCUGAGACUGAACCAAAGCCCUCCCAGCAGUCCAUCAAUACUCUACCACAUUCCCAAUGGCUAACUCUCAGCCUAAGACUUUGACCUUAAACUUGUUUUGUUUAAUAAAUACAAUCUUAUUCUCGUUAGUGGUGUCCUGUACAAUUUGUGGUAUGAGCAUUCAAUUAUCUAUUUGCUUGCGUGAUAAUGUCCCACUCAAGAUCAUUUCACUGUUUUAAUGGUUGUCAGGCUUCCAGAUACUAGAAACAGGUCAGAGCCAUUGUCCUUUGCCAAUUACCUGGCAAAUACCUUAAAGCUGCCGUGAGCCAGCAAGAGGUGGAUAUGAAUCCGUAACCUCAAUGGUCAAGGGCUGAUUGAUUACAGCCAAGGAACACUUUAGUGCAAAG